CCCCUUUUCCAAACGCUGUAACUUUUCAUCAAUGAUUCACUGCGUCGGACUCGACCUGCUGACCUUCCCUUAUGUUUUAAAAAACAAAAAAGACACGCUCAGAUGAGCCUCAGCCCGAGUCGUGCUUUCAGUCUCCCCGGACUCCUGAGCUGAAGAGCAGCGGGCCAACACACUCAUCUGCUCCGCUGCACCGCAGGUUUGGAUUCUCCAGGUGGAUUGAGAACACAUCAGCCAUGGCACACUGCAACCUGCGGUCGACCCCCUCCUCUCCUCAUGAUGAUGUCAAUUUGGGACCUUCGGCAAACCCUCAUGCCAGACCGACUGACUUUGACUUUCUGGCUGUCAUUGGUAAAGGAACCUUUGGGAAGGUCCUGCUUGCAAAGCUGAAAGCCGAUAACAAGUUCUACGCAGUCAAAGUUCUGCAGAAGAAGAUCAUCCUCAAGAAAAAAGAGCAAAAGAACAUCAUGGCAGAGAGGAACGUGCUGCUGAAGAGCCUGAAACACCCGUUUCUGGUCCGGCUCCACUACUCCUUUCAGACCGCAGAGAAACUCUACUUUGUGCUUGACUAUGUGAACGGAGGAGAGCUCUUCUUCCACCUCCAGAGGGAGAGGUGUUUCUCUGAACCGAGGGCGCGGUUCUACGCUGCCGAAGUGGCGAGCGCUGUCGGCUACCUCCACUCUCUUAACAUCGUCUACAGAGAUUUAAAACCAGAGAAUAUCCUUUUAGACUCUCAGGGUCAUGUGGUGCUGACAGACUUUGGGCUGUGCAAAGAAGGCGUAGAGCCAGAAGCAACCACCUCCACUUUCUGUGGCACCCCAGAGUAUUUGGCACCAGAGAUUCUGCGUAAGGAGCCAUACGACAGGACGGUGGACUGGUGGUGCCUGGGAGCCGUUCUUUAUGAGAUGAUCUAUAGCCUGCCUCCUUUCUACAGCCGGGACGUUGGUGAAAUGUACGACGGGAUUCUCCACAAGACCCUGCCGCUCCCUCCGGGGAAGUCAGAGGUCGUCUGCUCUCUGCUGGUCGGUCUUCUGCAGAAAGACCCACACAGACGACUCGGAGCAAUUGCUGACUUUUUAGAAAUAAAGAACCAUCCCUUCUUUGCUCCAAUCAACUGGGACGACCUUUAUCACAAGAGGAUCACUCCUCCUUACAACCCCAACGUGAGAGGCCCGGCCGACACCCAACACAUUGAUCCGGAGUUCACCAGGGAAAUGGUUUCCAGCUCGGUGAGUCGGACCCCGGAGUUUAAUGCCAGCACCAGCGCCAACAACGCUUUCAACGGGUUCUCCUUCGUCGGUACAGAGGACAGUUUCCUGUGAGACCAAAAGGUUCAAACCAUCAGAAAAACCAGUGAAAAUGAUACGUUCUGUCAAACAAAGGGGACGAUCGCUGUUCUGUGUUUUCAUCUCAGAGAUGUAACAGAAUCCCAGCUGGCAAAGCUCAGAGGAGGAGCAUGCAGGAAAUGGAGAUCUUCAGAGUAUCCUGAUAGCAAAUAUUCCCUUGUAGA